GUGCCUGGAUGAAGUUCUAAGUGGCAGCCGCUGCAGGGAUCAGCUUUGAAAUGAGGGCCAGCUGCAGCUAAUAAUAAACUAACAUCUUGGGCUGGACGCAAAGGAAGGUGGGAUUGGUUGGCUGGUCACCCUCCUUCUUGAGGACGCGUUAUAAAGCUUGGCCUCUCCACAGGAGCAUCCCCACGCGUCGGCAGACCCCUGAAGGCACCAUGGCCGUCCUCGGCAUCACGGUCGCUCUGCUGGUGUGGAUGGCCACUCUGCUGCUCAUCUCCAUCUGGAAGCACAUCUACAGCAGCUGGAAACUGCCCCCUGGCCCUUUCCCACUGCCCAUCGUUGGGAACCUUUUCCAGUUGGAAGUGAAGGAUAUUCCCAAAUCCUUCACCAGGCUGGCAGAGCGGUUCGGGCCGGUGUUCACCCUGUACCUGGGCUCGCAGCGCGUCGUGGUCCUGCACGGCUACAAGGCUGUGAAGGAGGUGCUGCUCGACUACAAGAACGAGUUUUCGGGCAGAGCAGAAAACCCAGCAUUCCAGGUGCACAAGGACAAAGGGGUCAUUUUCAAUAAUGGACUGACCUGGCGGGACACCCGGCGGUUCUCGCUGACCACCCUGCGUGACUUAGGGAUGGGGAAACAGGGCAACGAGCAGCGGAUCCAGAGGGAGGCCCACUUCCUGCUGGAGGCGCUCCGGAGCACCCAGGGCCAGCCCUUCGACCCCACCUUUGUCAUCGGCUUCGGGCCCUACAACGUCAUCUCCGACAUCCUCUUCCACAAGCGCGUUGAUUACAGUGACAAGACUGGUCUGCGGUUGAUGCGUCUGUUCAAUGAGGACUUCUACCUGCUCAGUACACCCUGGAUCCAGCUUUAUAAUAUUUUCUCAAGUUACCUACAGUACCUGCCUGGAAGCCAUAGGAAACUACUGAAAAAUAUCUCUGAAAUAAAAGAUUAUGCUUUAGAAAGAGUGAAGGACCACCAGAAGUCACUGGAGCCCAGCUGUCCCCGAGACUUCACUGACACCAUGCUGAUGGAAAUGCAGAAGGAGAAACACAGCGCAGACCCUAUGUACACUUUGGACAACGUUGCUGUGACCGUGGCCGACCUGCUCUUUGCGGGGACAGAGACCACCAGUACCACCCUGAGAUACGGGCUCCUGAUUCUCAUGAAAUACCCGGAGGUUGAAGAGAAGCUUCAUGAAGAAAUUGACAGGGUGAUUGGGCCAAGCCGAAUCCCUGCCGUCAAGGACAGGCUGGACAUGCCCUACCUGGAUGCUGUGGUCCACGAGAUUCAGAGGUUCAUCGACCUCCUUCCUUCCAACCUCUUGCAUGAAGCAACCCGGGACACAGUGUUCAGAGGAUACGUCAUCCCCAAGGGCACAGUCAUAAUUCCGACACUGGACUCCGUCUUGUAUGACAGCCAAGAGUUCCCUGAACCAGAGAAGUUUAAGCCAGAGCACUUUCUGAAUGAAAAUGGAAAGUUCAAGUACAGCGACCAUUUCAAGGCAUUUUCCGCAGGAAAGCGGGUGUGUGUUGGAGAAGGCCUGGCUCGCAUGGAACUCUUCCUGUUCUUGGCCGCCAUCCUGCAGCACUUUAACUUGAAGUCGCUUGUUGACCCCAAGGACAUCGACCUCAGCCCCAUCGCAAUUGGGUUUGCCAAGAUCCCCCCCCGGUACAAACUCUGUGUCAUUCCCCGCUCGCAAGUGUGAGGCACACGUGCUCUGAAGACCCCGCUCCUUGAUGCCGGCCUGAAGGCCUCCUGCUCCCCUGUACCCCCUCAGCAAGGGCAGCCAGGGCUCCACAGGGCGUCAAUGGGGCCAGAGGGGUGCUUUCCAGCCACAUGCUUCAGAUAGAGUUUGAAAGCAAAUCAAAAAAGCUUGUGUCAAACUAAUUAAACCAAUUAAAGC